CCCACGUAGAAAGUGGUGGAAGGGGGAUGAGGAGCAAUGCAAUCGGGGAGACAACAGGGACGAGGAGGACGAGGAGGAUCAGCGGAGCGUCAUCGCAAGCAGCGAUGGUGUACAUCGAGAAUUGGGACGAUUUUCAAGCACGCUCAUCUGCGCUCUUCCGCUCCGAUCCUGUUGCUACGCGGUAUGUAAUGAAAUACAGGCAUUGUGAUGGCAAACUUGUUCUCAAAGUCACUGAUGACAAAGUGUGUCUGAAGUUCAAGACAGAUCAAGCUCAGGACAUAAGGAAGAUGGAGAAGCUGAAUAAUACAUUUUUUAGUAUGAUGGCCCGAGGACCAGAUGCUGAGGUCCCGGAAGACUUGCCCAAGGAGCUAGUAGCGCCGCCACCGUCAAAGAAAGGAAGAGGACGGAGACAAUGAAUUUAUGGAUUCUAUAGUUAGUUGGGUAGUCCUUUGUGUUCUGUUGAAGCGUAUCCCCCUCCUUUUUCUGGGCGAGUAUAUUAAAAAGGCGUCAAUACAUUAUCAGCAGUUGCUUCACACCU